ACCUGCUACGCCGCCUACCACGCCACAUGUGCGCGAACCGCCAAUCUGUACAUGAAGAUGUGCAACAUCCCGGAGAGCUAUUGCGACGCUCACAGCCCAAAAGACUGGGGGGCUACGCUGGUUAGUACAAUCCAUACCACAACGGGCCGACCCAAGGUACUUAUAUCCGCCACGCUCAAGAAGCUUCUGAUUGAGUCUGGCGUAGGCGUGUCUGCGGUGGCGGUCAAUGACGCCGUCCCGUUGGUAGCUGUACCCACGGUGCCGUUGAAGGAGAUGAGCGCGUUCUUGGCGGGGUAUAAGGACAAAGUGCACGGGAAAGCCGACUUCCUGAAGAAAGUGAUGCCUUAUUGGUUUCUCAAGCGUAAGUCGCGAUCCGGUGUGCCGUUGCUGCGCCGCUUGCACACGGCGUUCAAGGGUGAAGACGGAGAUGCACUCGAUGUUGAAGUACUGGACGGCGGCGGCAACAAGCUCAAACAACGAAUACAAAAACUGCGGAUUGUGCUCGAGCGUCUGCGUAUUCUGGCGGAGUUUACAGUCCGACGCGAACGGCUGAAGAAAGAACUCGUGACGAUACAACGCUCAGUUACACUGAAACGACUGUGCCCGCUGGUGGCUGCCUUGUCCCAACUGUUAGACAGCUUGCGCAAACUCGACACCAGAGCGUUCUUCCAUUACCCUGUGGAUGUUCAGGAGGUUGAAGACUAUCUGGAUACCAUUAGCCACCCCAUGGACUUCGCUACCAUGGGACGUAAGGUGGAGAACCUCGAGUAUUGUACCCUCGAUCAAUUCCAGGCCGAUUUCGAGCUCAUUAUUACGAAUGCCACAGUAAGUCAGUGUGCGGAAGAUAAGCUCCGCACCGCAUUUUUGCGUGCGUGA